AUGGCAUUGACAAGAAGUGACAAUGGUGAUACCUUACCUGAGUCCAUCCCGUCGGCACCUGGGACACUGCCUCAUUUCAUGCAGGAGCCUGAUGAUGCCUAUAUCAUAAAGAGCAACCCAAUUGCCCUGAGGUGCAAAGCCAUGCCUGCAAUGCAGAUUUUCUUCAAAUGCAAUGGGGAGUGGGUCCAUCAAAAUGAGCAUGUAUCUGAAGAGAGCAUGGAUGAGAGUACAGGUCUGAAGGUCCGAGAAGUGUUCAUCAAUGUCACCAGGCAGCAAGUGGAGGAUUUUCAUGGACCUGAAGACUAUUGGUGUCAGUGUGUAGCAUGGAGUCAUCUAGGAACCUCUAAGAGCCGAAAGGCAUCAGUCCGCAUAGCCUAUUUACGGAAAAACUUUGAGCAAGAUCCCCAGGGAAGGGAGGUGCCUAUUGAAGGGAUGAUCGUCCUGCACUGUCGCCCACCAGAGGGUGUCCCUGCUGCAGAGGUGGAAUGGCUAAAGAAUGAAGAGCCUAUUGAUUCCCAACUGGAUGAGAACAUUGACACCAGGGCUGAUCACAACUUAAUUAUCAGGCAGGCUCGCCUCUCUGAUUCUGGGAAUUAUACCUGCAUGGCUGCCAACAUCGUGGCCAAGAGAAGAAGCCUGUCGGCUACUGUUAUUGUUUAUGUGAAUGGAGGCUGGUCUUCCUGGACAGAGUGGUCAGCCUGCAAUGUUCGCUGUGGUAGAGGAUGGCAGAAACGUUCUCGGACCUGCACCAAUCCCGCUCCACUCAAUGGGGGUGCCUUUUGUGAGGGAAUGUCAGUGCAGAAAAUCACCUGCACUUCUCUUUGUCCUGUUGAUGGAAGCUGGGAGGUAUGGAGCGAAUGGUCAGUGUGCAGCCCAGAGUGUGAGCACCUGAGAAUACGGGAGUGUACUGCACCACCUCCAAGAAAUGGGGGUAAAUUCUGCGAAGGCCUGAGCCAAGAAUCAGAGAACUGCACAGACGGGCUCUGCAUUCAAGAUAAAAAACCUCUUCAUGAAAUAAAACCCCAAAGCCUUGAAAAUGCCAGCGACAUUGCUCUGUACUCGGGGUUGGGAGCGGCAGUCAUUGCUGUGGCAGUUCUGGUCAUUGGAGUAACCCUCUACAGACGGAGCCAGAGUGACUAUGGAGUGGACGUCAUUGACUCCUCUGCACUGACAGGUGGCUUCCAGACCUUCAACUUCAAAACAGUCCGUCAAGGCAACUCGCUCCUAUUGAAUUCCUCCAUGCAACCUGACCUGACAGUGAGCCGUACCUACAGUGGGCCCAUCUGCCUACAGGACCCCCUGGACAAGGAACUCAUGACAGAGUCUUCACUCUUUAACCCAUUGUCAGACAUCAAGGUCAAAGUCCAGAGUUCAUUCAUGGUUUCCCUGGGAGUAUCAGAACGAGCAGAGUAUCAUGGCAAGACCCACUCUGGGACAUUUCCCCAUGGGAAUACCAGAGGUUUUAAUACAAUACAUCCCAGGAAUAAAACCCCCUACAUCCAGAAUCUCUCAUCACUCCCCAGCAGAACUGAGCUGAGGACCACUGGUGUUUUUGGCCAUCUGGGAGGGCGUUUAGUGAUGCCAAAUACAGGGGUGAGCUUACUCAUACCACAUGGAGCUAUCCCUGAAGAGAAUUCUUGGGAGAUUUAUAUGUCCAUCAACCAAGGUGAAGCCAGCCUCCAGCCAGAUGGAUCAGAAGUACUCCUGAGUCCUGAAGUCACCUGUGGGCCUUCAGACAUGGUGGUCACCACACCCUUUGCCUUGACCAUACCCCACUGUGCCGAUGUCAGUUCUGAGCACUGGAAUAUUCAUCUGAAGAAGAGGACCCAGCAGGGCAAGUGGGAGGAAGUGAUGUCAGUGGAGGAUGAAUCGACUUCCUGUUAUUGCCUCUUGGACCCAUUUGCAUGUCACGUCCUCCUGGACAGCUUUGGGACAUAUGCACUGGCUGGAGAACCUAUCACCGACUGUGCUGUGAAGCAACUCAAAGUGGCUGUCUUUGGCUGCAUGUCAUGUAACUCCUUGGAUUACAACUUGAGAGUCUAUUGUGUGGACAACACCCCUUGUGCAUUUCAGGAAGUGGUUUCAGAUGAAAGGCAUCAAGGGGGCCAGCUACUGGAAGAACCAAAGUUGCUGCAUUUCAAAGGGAACACCUUUAGUCUUCAGAUCUCUGUCCUCGAUAUCCCCCCUUUCCUUUGGAGAAUUAAACCAUUUACUGCAUGCCAGGAAGUCCCAUUUUCUCGGGUGUGGUGCAGUAACCGACAGCCCCUGCACUGUGCCUUCUCCCUGGAGCGCUACACUCCCACCACCACCCAGCUCUCCUGCAAGAUUUGCAUCCGGCAGCUCAAAGGCCAUGAACAGAUCCUCCAAGUGCAGACAUCCAUCCUAGAGAGUGAAAGAGAAACCAUCACUUUUUUUGCACAAGAGGACAACACGUUCCCUGCACAGACUGGCCCCAAAGCCUUCAAAAUCCCUUACUCCAUCAGACAGAGGAUAUGUGCAACAUUUGAUACUCCCAGUGCCAAAGGCAAAGACUGGCAGAUGUUAGCACAGAAAAACAGCAUUAACAGGAAUUUAUCCUACUUUGCUACCCAAAGUAGCCCAUCUGCUGUUAUUUUGAACCUGUGGGAAGCUCGUCAUCAACAUGAUGGUGACCUUGACUCCUUGGCCUGUGCCCUUGAAGAGAUUGGGAGGACACACACGAAACUCUCAAACAUUCCUGAAACUCAACUUGAAGAGCCUGACUUCAGCUACAGCAGGCAAAAUGGACUUUAGUCCAUCUCCUCUCAUGAACAGACUGAUGGCCAGCUUUGUGACUAUUUUUUAUUAAGUAGGGAGGAAAGAGAUGGCUUUUAGCCCAAUGGUAUUUGGGAAGACUUAACUUCAUUUAUAAUCAAAGAGGGACAUCACUUGAAGAAACUGAAGGCUGUCUUGGUAAAUCAUGUUAAUGUUGGGAAGGUCCAAGCUUGCAUCCAAAAGGCCCCAUUGUCCCAUCUGAAUUAAUACUGUCUUAACUCUACCAAUUCUGCAUAGGUGAAGUGAACACAGACACACAGACACACACACAAUUGUCUUUAAAUAGGCUCAUAUUUUUGGAAUUGUUAUGGGUCAGAACAUAUCAGGUGCCAACAAAGCAGACUUUGAAUAAUGGUCUGGAAAAAGUUCAUACAGUGAUGAUGUUCCCCAAGGGCCAAAUUAUUCUGAUAUCAAUGUCAGAAUUUUUUUUAACCAACUGAUAUUUGCAAUGUGGGAAAUGAGUAUAAAACUGACCUUUAUAAGUAACAAUAUUGCCAGUCCAUUUUUGUGAUUUCAACCAUAUCAUAAGCAGGAAAUGAGAAUUUAAAGUAAGUCACAACAGCACCACCUCCCACCCUAGCUCACAUUGCCUAGUUCAGAGAAAGGCUGCCAGAGGAAUGAAUGGGAUGAUUAAUUACUUAAAUAUAUCCUAUAGUCACUUCCUUUCAAA